CAUGGUGUGGUCCGAUCCCAGGUCAUAAUUUCAGUUGAUGUCAGUUGGGUUGUUAACUUCCAUCGUUUGCUGCAUGGAUGUGCAUGAACAAAUCCAUUCUUUAUUUGAAACUUCAACAUGUGUUGAUGCAGAGGAUAUUCACUGGAGAAACGUUGGGAGAAUUUUGGACCGGCUACCAGCGGGCUACCAGCUCAUACAUUUUCAUCGACGAAGCACAUUCGCUUGGGGGUACACCGACAUGGCAGCAGACAAAAUAAAGGAGGCUUAUGCUUUUGGAUUAAGGCAUGGAGCAAAUGAACUAGCGCAUUUCUACGAUGAAUGGGCGACUGCUGGCAGCUAUGAUAAGAUACUAUCAAAUGGUGGCUAUAAAGGACCUGCCGCUGUCGCUUCUAUACUCAACAGACUUGUGGAGGAUAAGACAAAGAAGAUUCUAGAUAUCGGAUGUGGAACAGGGUUGGUCGGUGAAGAGCUUGGCAAAGUGGGUUUCCUCAAUAUAUACGCAGUGGACCCAUCACAGGAAAGUCUCAACGUGUGUAAAACCAAGGGUGUCUACAAGGAGUUUGUUCACAGCUUCGUUGGACCUGCGCAAGUUCAUUUUGAAGAAAAUUCCUUUGAUGGAGCCGUAUCAAGCGGUACCUUUCUCCCUGGUCAUUGCGAUGGGACGUCGUUAAAAGAACUGGUUAGACUCGUUAAACCAGGAGGCGUCAUCGUAAUCACAACGAGGAAGACAUUUUAUACCGAGAAGCCAGGCGAAUGGAACUGGAGCGGUACGAAUGGCCCAUCCCAGGAGAAGCAGAUUGACUUCAACUACCGCGCCAUCUCAGAUGAGCUGGUGUCUUCCCGGCAAUGUUCUUUGGUCUUGGAGGAUAUUCCAGGUUAUUCGCAAGGGGUGAUGGGAUUGGCGAUGAUAUAUACGGUGCUUUAAUAUCACACAGGUCCAUCCCCCCUUGCCCGGGGGGGGGGGGGGGGGUGAAAGCGUCCUUGACCAUGUUGAGUACGUUUGACACCACUGAGUUUGUUAUAAAUUAUGUAACUUUCUGAACAUGCAUCUAAGAGAUUCUUUAUUUUCAUGCAGUUGAUGUAUUAUGUUUAGUUUCUUAUAAUAUGAGAUGUGAAAUCUAUAUUUUUAUAUACGGGUUCAUAUAUUCACAGCGGCUUUAUUUGAUUCCCGAUUCCUGUAUAUGUCAUGAAUAACUUACUGGACGUUCUGGCGAUCGACUUUGUCCAUCACCCCCCCUACGUAUGUCUCACACUUUAAUGCUUAGGUUCAUACUUCAUGCAUCUAUAAGAUCCUUUAUUUCAUGCCAUAGAUGUAUGAUUAGUACAAUUCAAUUCAUUUAUUAACCAUUCCAAUACAAUAUUCCAAUAAAUGUAGCAACACAUACAACAAAUAGGUAUGAUUUAUACAUUAAUGUAAAAAUAAUCAACGUAAUGGUAAGAGGCAACCAAAAAGAUUAAAAUCUUGUUGGCAGGUGCCCCUUUACAAGUAUUAAAUUUAACAUAAAUAAUCCAAUUCAAAUAGACGUAAUUAUCAUACAUUCACAUAUCAAACACAGAAUCACCCAUACCCAAUACACACCCAUGACCUCUUACACUCACACAAGAGAGAGAGAGAGAAGAGAGAGGGGGAGGAGAGUAUGUUUAGAAAAGGGAAAGGGAAUCAAUAUGAAUAACUACUAAUUAAUUGUCUUUUGAGUAAAAUUUUGAAUUAGGAGGCAGUUGAACAAGAACGAAUUAUAGUAUCUAAAUUGUUAUGAAUUCUAGUUUCUGCAUGUUUAAAAGAAUUAUUUGAUUAUUAGAGGUCAGUGGAAGAUGAAAAUGAGAAGCCGAACGAGCAUAAUACUGGUGAAAAUUAUUAUUUUAAUUAAAAAUAUCAUGUUAAUGUCUGCAUAAUACGGUACAGUACAUGGUGUAAUUAUUAGAAUACAACCCCCAAGCGGCAUUUUCUCUUUAAAGGUCAAGUCCACCCCAGAAAAUGUUGAUUUGAAUAAAUAGAGAAAAUCAAACUAGCAUAACGCUGAAAAUUUCAUUAAAAUCGGAUGUAAAGUAAGAAAGUUAUGACAUUCUAAAGUUUCGCUUAUUUUUCACAAAGCAUGCAGUGAUAUGCACAACUCAGUGACAUGCAAAUGAGACAGUCGAUGAUGUCCCUCACUAUAUCUUUUGUUUUUUAUUGUUUGAAUUAUACAAUAUUUCAUUUUUUAUAGACUUGACAAUAAGGACCAACUUGACUGAACCAUAUAGUAUUAAACAAUGCUAAUUCCACAUGUUCAGGAAGGAAUUAAUCGUUGUAUCUCUUGCCAAUGAGAAAAUCAGAUUAUUUCAUAUUUGACAUAAUAAAAUACAAAAGAAAUAGUGAGUGUAUGACGUCAUAGUCUCCUCAUUGGCAUACCAGCCAGGAUGUGCAUAUAACUGUUUUAUGAAAUUAAGCGAAACUUUAAAAUGUCAUAUCCUUUUUAUUUUACAUCCGAUUUUGAUGAAAUUUUCAGUGUUAUGCUUGUUGGAUUUUUCUCUUUUUAUUCAAAUCAACUUUUUGUUGGGGUGGACUUGUCCUUUAAAGACUCUGAAGGAUUCUGAUCAAAUUUUCAUUCUAAAAAAAUCGUUACCACUAUAUAUUCUUAAUUAUUAUUAUUUCUUAAAUUUCUUAUCUCUUUUUUAAAAUAAUUUUUUUUAAGUUUGGAUAUCGCCGGUGACAUAACAUAAUUAUCAAUACAUUAAUCGAUUUUAAUCGGCGGGGAUAAAAAGUAAUGAUUGAUUUAUUUAUUUGCUUUAUAGAAACAUGUCGCCUAUUUUGUUUUAAAAAGGUUCUUGUGUACCGGCAACGAAUAAAGCGAGCUUUAAUUCGAUAAAUAUAGUUAAUCUCCUGGCUUUGUUUUUGUAUUGUUUAUAUACAAAGUUCCUAUUAAAAAAAUAGUCGUGUACGUAUAUUUUUAUAAGUUAGACAAACAAAAACAUUCAUAAUGCACAUGAUGUUUAUAAAUUACCAAUGUCUUCUUCAUUCCUGUAGGCUGGUGUAUAUAGCUCAUGUUCAUGUUCAGCUAAGCAUCAUUAUCUUGAUAAUGUAUUCAUUCAAAGAGUAUUAGCCACAUAUACAUUUCUUUAUGACUUUACCAAUGUAUAACUUUCCCUUUGAUAGUAUUAGCGAUAGUGAAUUUAGAUGCCUGUUUGAUGAUUUCGAUACUUUUACGGAUUUAUCUCAAGCUGUAAGGGAUUUGAAUAACCUUGAAGUCCAUGAUGAUGAUGAUGAUAUUGCUAUAAAUCUGAUUUAAAUGUUGGGCAAAAAUAGUUCUUUGAUAUUGCUGACUGUAAAUAUUGGCUUAACGCUGAAUGAAAGUAGUUGCAGUAAAACACUGAUUUCGUGCGAAAGUCUGUAAAACCAAGGUUAAGUAUUACUAUAUCAUUGUGGAUCUAGAUCUGGUACAGUUACAUAAACUGAACUUUGUGAAAUCAUAAAAUCUAAGCUGAAAAACGAUCACACUGAAGAUCGCCAACACAGAUAGGCACACGUGGGACAGUGUAUUAUUAUUGCUGGAAUAAAGACCCGACGGAAGUGACCCGAAUCCGCACAUAUUUUGCUUCUUUCUCAUCAAUUACACAAUUUCUUCCAGAAUCCUUUGGCACAUUUUUUAUUCAUACAAACAGACACUUAGGUGGUCAUUAUAUUAGAUUAUGUAAAAAGUCAUUUUGAGAUCGUUACCACAACUGGCAUUUUUAAGGAUGAUUUUACUAAUUAUCUCGAUAAGGAAUUGGUGACGAGAAGCGCUUUUAGUUUAUUGCAUUUUAAUGCUAGAAACCUGAACAAAAAAUGUCAUGCUUUGAAUGAAUUUAUUUCCCAGCUAAAUAUGAAAUUUUCAGUUUGUGGUUUCAGUGAAACAUGGAUACACAAUAAUCCUACAAAGUUACAAAGCAAUCCCGUUCAUUUUUUUGUUCUACUUCUUUGCUUCCUCCUCCUUGAAAUGGAUGGGGGGCGAUCCCUAACAUUAUGAAUGUUUUCCCCAACAAAUUAUUUGAAAGAAAUUGUAGUUUUGUUUGUAUGUGGCAGCAAGAUAAAUUUUUUUUUCGAUGUCGUAUGUUUCUUUUCACCCUUUUCUAUCUUUUCGUUUCCUUUCCCUCUAUUUUUCCGUUUCCUUUCUCCUCCUUUUACCUUUUCCCUUCUCUUCCCCCUUCAUUUUAUCCCCCCUCUCCUUUCUUUUCCCCUUCCUUUCCUCUCCCCUCUCUUUCGUUUUCUCUCUCAUUUUCCAUUUCUCCCUUCUUCUUUUUGUUCUUUCCUUCAUGUUUUCUCUCUCUCCAUUUCCCUUUUUUCUUUCUCUCUAUUCCCACUUCCUUUUCAUUCCCUCUCCUUUCUUUUCUUUCUUCUUUUCUCUUCCCUUUUCUCCCCUCUCCAUCCAAUUCCUUUAUUGUCUCUCUUUUCCCUUCCUUUCCUUCUUUUCCUUCCUUUUCUUUCCCCUCCCCCUUUUCCUUCCUCUUCUCUCUCCCUUUCUCUCUUUUCCUUCCUUAGAAAAUUGGACCAAGUGGCGUGUAGAAGUAAUGAAUGUUAGACUAUUUAAAAAUUAGACAAAGUGGAAAUUAGCCGAAAUGGACAUUAGACCAUCUGAAGAUUAGACCAAGUGAUAUUAGACCAAUCGCCAGUAAACCCUCUAAAAGGGGUGGAAAUUCGCAUUUGAGAAGGGUUUCUCGGGGCAUGUCUUGGAGUUCAUUUCAAUCGAGUGUACGUGUAUUUGGAUUGCGUCUAAUUUUCGAAUGUCUACUCUUAUUAAUAAAUGGACAAGUCUAACCUAAAA